GCCCACACCUGGAAGGUCAAGUACUACAAGGGUCUGGGGACCAGCACGGGCAAGGAGGCAAAGGAGUACUUCUCUGACAUGGAGCGCCACAGAAUCCCCUUCAAGUACAGCGGAGCCAACGACGACGAUGCCAUUCUUCUUGCGUUCAGCAAGAAGUGUGUGGAGCGUCGUAAGGAGUGGCUGACGCAGUGGCUGGAGCACCGCCGGGAGCAGAGGGACCAGGGUCUGGACGAAUCUCUCCUUUACGCCGAGCAGAUGGACCACAUCUCCUACUCCGACUUUGUCAACAAGGAGCUCAUUCUCUUCUCCAACAUGGACAACGAACGCUCCAUUCCCAGCUCUGUGGAU